UUGUUAACUCCAUAGCUUUCCCUGCCCUGAAUUUCAUGCAAAUUUGAUAUUCCUAUGACUAAUUUGUUGUGAUUACUCAUCCCUAGUGAGCUCACCAACUAAUCAUCGAUUACUAAGAAUCUGUCUGAUUCAUUUCUUAAUUUUUUUUAACGUUUACUUUGUGAGAUGUGAUUGCCAACGACUUGUGUAAAUGGUGUUAUAAUAAUACAAGAUUCUAAAUUGGUCUGCAUCAAAGUUUUCCCAUGUACCAUACACAAAGAACAUCAGGGCUUCCUCUUUUGCUAUUCUUGUUCCUCAAGGCAAAGUUUCGCUUUUGCCUGCUAGAGUUAUCAUGAGUUAUUAUUGGGAUUGUGUGUCCCUAAUCUUUCACAUCUUUUCUUUUAUGAGGGAAUUUAUUGCGAAGGAAGGGUAGGUAGGGAGCCUUGAUAUGAACCUAGUAUUAGUCCAGUACGAGUUACUUAAAAGACAACUAAACUCUGUUUUGACAGCUGCAAUCCCUAUGAGCUAUAAGUGGGGAAUAUCAUUUAUUAAGGUGAUUGUUGAAUAGCAAUACUCUUGGUACUUUUCUCCUUUUUCCCCUAUUUGAUAUCAUGUAUUUGGGAGAUCUUGUUUCUGCUGAGGAUGUGGAAGCUAACCCCAAGAAGAUAACAAUAGUUGCACGUCCUACUCCAUAUUCUAUUAAAGCUCUGAGGGUUUUUGGGACGUAAGGGCUAUCAUAAAAUGAAGAUUUGUGAAGGAUUGUGGGAGAUUAAGUAAGGCCCCAAUGUAUGUGGUGAAGAAGAAUGAGAGUCUGUGCUAUUUUUGGCUCACCCAAAUUUCAAAGAAAAUUUGCAGUGGAAAGAAGUCUAUCUGAUGGGAGUUUAGGGGUGGUUUUCUCUCAGCAGGGGCAUCCUAUAACUUUUGCAAACUAAUUUCUAUACCUGAGUAUGAGAAAUUCAUCUGCAUAUGAGAAGGAACUAAUCGCCAUUGUCUUUACAGCCAACAGUGGAGAUUAUACCUUCAAGGGCAGAAAUUCAUCACCGAAACUGACUAUUGACCCCUUAAAAACUUGCUUAAAUCAUGGGAUCUUUGCUUUGAAAUUGUAUACAGUGAAGGAAAUGAAGAUGGAUCUGCAGAUGCUCUUCUAGAAGUGAGCACCCACAAUAAGAGCUUGCACAUGCAGCCAUUAUGGCAAGUGCUGCAAACCUAGCUAAUUGAAGUUCAACUAUCAUGGGAAGAAGAUAACAGAGUGCUAUCUCUCAUAGCCCAGUUGCUGAAUGGUCCUCUCUAUCGUCCUCAGUAUCCAUGGGGUAAAUAUUUGCUUAAAAGGAAAGGAAAAUUAAUGGUGGGUGCAAAUCAGAAUUUGAGGAAGCAAUUAUUACAAGGAGAUGCAGCUGGUGAACAUUCAGGCAUGUAAAAGAGUCUCUGCCAUUCAUGGAGUCUCAGGGAUGUCAGGAUUGGAGUCUUGCUGGCGAUGAAAAAAUCAAGCCAGCGGAUGUUGGUCUUGAACAGGAGGCCCAAGUCGUUCGUAAUUGGUCUGCUCCAGUGCUUGAGCGUAAUGGUAGCCAUCAAACAUUGCCACCGAUCAAAUACUUGCAUUUGCAUGAAUGCGACAGCUUCUCUAUAGGAAUAUUUUGCAUGCCCCCCUCCUCUAUCAUUCCUCUCCAUAAUCAUCCUGGAAUGACAGUGUUGAGCAAGCUCUUGUAUGGAUCAUUAUAUGUUAAAUCGUAUGACUGGAUUGAUUUGCCUGGCUCUGGUGAUCCAUCUGAAGCUAAACCUGCAAAGCUUGUCAAAGAUACGGAGAUGACAGCACCGACCCCAACAACAAUUCUUUAUCCUACUAGUGGAGGAAACAUUCAUUGCUUCAGAGCCAUAACUCCUUGCGCAAUCUUUGAUAUAUUGACUCCUCCAUAUUCUUCAGAACAUGGAAGACAUUGCACCUAUUUCCGGAGAUCCCCCAGGAGAGAUCUUCCAGGCAGCGUUGAAUUGGAUGGAAUGACAGUUUCUGAAGUGACUUGGUUGGAAGAGUUUCAACCUCCGGAUGACUUUGUGAUCCGGAGAGGGCUGUACAGGGGUCCUGUUAUUAGAACGUGAAAGAUUACUUCGUUUUUAGCGCAUCCUACGCUCAAGAAUUUGACUUAUUAUUGUGGGGGGACAUUGAAAGGAAUUAUGAGGGUGAGUUAUCAAAAGCCAUUGAAAUACUUUUAUUCUUUGUUUAUAUCAGGCAUUUGGUUUGUACAUAACCAUGCCCAUAUAGAAUAGUCGCCAAGUUACCUUGGCACUUAUGUCUCACACUUGAUAAAUAUUUUUAUUUAACUACAGCUUAACAUUA